CGUUGCGCCGCAGGACUAUUUAUCACGUUGUCAGAUUUGUGAUCAAAUAGAUUGCGUUAUCGGCGGUAGCCUCUCCUUCUCGUAGAAUAAAAAGGCAUAUUCCUGGUUUCGGCGGUUCACUCACACUAGAGCACGUUCCGUUAAGAAAAAGGCCCAGAUGGAAGACAUUGCAUCUCGAAGACGCCGACGGCCUAUACUCGCCUGCGAACCGUGUAGACGAAAGAAAAUCAAGUGUGAUCAUGAAGUUCCAUGCACCCCAUGUACGCGCUCCAGAACGUCAUACUGCAGCUAUCUCGAGGCCAACGAAGAUGUAACUUCAAAGAAGCAACGAUCCGGAGAAGAGCACUCGAAUGUAUCGACUGCUUCAACUGCUUCAACUUCUGGAGACUACCCUCCCUCGAUGCCCGUUUCUGUUCCCCUCUCGGUUCCUCUUUCCGGAUCUCCUUGGUUUAGCGGCAAUGGAAGCGUCACCAGCAACGGUGGCAAUAAUAGUACCACUAGCCUGUCCAUCGCUCCCGAAGCAAAAACCGGCCAUCUCAUUGAAAGACAAGACUCAUUCACGGCACGUGGAACGUUUCUCCGCGGCCGGUUCUACGGGCCAAGCCAUUGGCUAAGCUUCUAUCAACAUUUGCCACAUGCCGAGUCAGACUACUCUCUAUAUCAGAACUGCGAGCCACUUGUAGGCUCUCCCAGCUCUGUUGAUAGUUUGGGCAGCACGAAUUUGUGGAAACUCCCCGAGACCAUUCCGCCGCGUGAAGUGAGCAACCAGCUUGUACUAGCAUACUUUCGCACAUUUGAGUCAGUACUACGGAUUCUUCACGUUCCGUCUUUCGUCCGGGAGUGCCAGCAGUACUGGAAAUCUCCUCAGAAUGCCCGAGAGGAAUUCAUACUACAGCUGGGCCUGGUAAUGGCUAUUGGGGCUGCGUUCACGCCGCAGGUUACGGUGAAAGACCAGUCUAUCCUUUUGUGGAUUGAUUCAGCACAAAAUUGGCUGCGAGAUACACUAACAGAGACGUGCCUUAACCAAAUUGACACGACUAGUACUAGCGGUAGAGAAUUGGUACAGAUAUUCUGUCUCCUGAUUGAAGCUCGACAGACGCGGCACACUGAGAAGAAGCGACCCGGGUUAAUUUCAGCUGAUUCUCUAAUUCGGGCAGCAGAGCACGUGGGGUUACACAUUCAUCCGACCAAACUACCAGGCUUAUCAUUCUUCGAGCAGGAGAUGCGGCGUAGACUUUGGACUACCUGCCAAGAAUUAGCCUUGCAAGCAGCCGUAAAUGAGGGCCGACCGUCGCCCAUUCUCAGAGGUGAUGACAAUGGGCCACCGCCGCUUAACCUGGCGGAUGAACAGUUCGACACCCACACAACGAUUGUGCCACUUGUCAGUGAAGAUUUUACACACACUUCGAUACUGAUUGCCUUGCACAAGUCAUUCCCUAUUCGACACGCCAUUGCCGAGGCCAUCAAUGACGUCUCCUACGAGAUGUGCUCAUAUGAACAGGCCCUGGAUAUGAGCUCCCGCAUCAUGACUGAGAGUCGCGAGAUCUUUUCACGGAUACAGAGUCGCGCUUCCAAUUUCGCAGUAAGAUUAUGCGAGCUACUUCUCCACCGCUUCUUAUUGACAUUGCACGCCCCCUUCGCGCUUCAUGCACACAUCGACCCCACGCGUUACUACUCGCGCAAGGUUGCUACGGAGAUCUCUAUGUCCAUUCUACGCCACUGCUCGCAAGUCGAGACGGACGAUUUCGCGCGCUUGCUGCGACGGGGAUCCGAGAUCUUCACCCAUGUUCCAAUCUUAGCCACCAGCAUUCUUUGCUACGACUUGGCGGACGAGGAUCCAUUCUCCUCAACGCUUGUUCAGGCGGCAUUCCCGGUUACACGAACUAGCCUGCAGAAGCUUGUUGACGCCUAUCUUCACGUCUUGUCGCUGCGCAUCGGAAGUGGUUCUGAAGAGAUUCGUCCAUAUGUUUUGCUAUCCGCACAGCUGGCCCGAAUUGCCGCGAGCCAAGCCGGACAGGCCAUUGACCACCGACUUGUCGUUACACGAACUCUACAGCUCUGCCAAAGAAUGCAGCAAGGGCAGGCGGUUGUGCCCCACGUAGAAGGACAGCAGUUCGACAAUAUACUUGGGCAUUCAAGCAACGAUAACAGCGUCGGAGCGGGGGGGAGUUCCACCAUGAUAAGACAGCGCAUGAGUAGUGAUGCCACCUUCGACAUCAGCCCUGAACAACUUGACGACUGCAUCUCAAACCCGCUUUCUGAAGACAAUCAUUGGAUGAUAGGACUAGUUCAAAACGGAUAACACGUAGAGUACGGGGCAACAGCACCCGUACUCUGACAAGCAUUCGAGAUGGUGCCUUCGGCGCCAAUGGCAACAGUAACCAGGAUACCCGAAAAUAUCUUCUCGCUCCACUCCAAUGUUAGAUUUCGUCCCAUGGUCUCUAGAUAUGGGCGGACACGUGCAAGCUGAGCAGAUCUUGGGUGGAAGGGUUACGAAACAAGAACAAUUUGGAAUGAGUUAUGUAUCGUACGAUCAUUAAUGGACCCUAUAUUUGACCCGACAUUUUGCCCCAUCUAGCUAGUUGCAUGUUCUGAGGGUUGAGCACAACUAUAUAAGUAAGUUUUUUUAAGCUCAGCUAUAUGUUGGUUAAAUAUGUUAGGGCCUACAACUGCCCUAGUCACUGUUUCCCUUUAGUUGGUUGCAAAGGUAUUGAUCAGUACACCAAAACGCAGACGGCACCGUGAUGUAGGACCUACAUCUUCUCCAUUAUUAUUUAUUCUUUUCUUGUUGUGAUGUGUCUAAAAUAAAAGCCAAGGAGCAGAUACCUCAGUCACAUUCAUUCUGAUUAUUAAAAUUUUGUCGAUAUAGCUGGUUACGAUUAGGUGUAUUUCCUUAUUGGGAUGGCUCAAAUAUCAGGAGCAAUUGAUCUACAACCUGAUAGUGUUUUUCGUCAGAUGAAUAUACAGCUUAUA